UCCCGUCCUGCUAUCACUCUCGCCAUGGCUCCGCUGAAAGUAUUGGCCGCAGUCCUUUUGCUGUCAUCAGCAGCUUUAGCUCAAUUAGGAGGCGGCGGCGGUGCAGGAGGACACGCGAGUGAACAGCAAGGAUACGCUGCAUACUAUCACAACCCUAAAUACAAUUACGAAUAUGCGGUGAACGACGAGAAAACCGGUGACAAGAAGAGGCACAGUGAGACCCGCGACGGCGACAAAACGCACGGCGAGUACAGUUUCACCGAGCCUGAUGGCACCGUUCGCACUGUCAAGUACCAGGUGCAGGGCAAGAGCGGCUUCGUCGCCACCGUGUCUCAUUCGGGUCACUCGAAGCACCCCUCAAAGUACACCCAGCACUUCGACAUCCCUGCCGAGCCAGCUCACCAGGAGCCGCAAAACUUAGGUCACCAUGAACCUCAGCAACAGUACGUCCCUGCUCAGGCAAGUCAGGCUCCGGCUGCUGCCCACCCGGGAAGCACACAAGCAAUUUACGGAGCCCCUCAGCAGCAGGGUCAGGACUCUUAUAAAUAUGAGGACCAGAAGGAGGGCGGUUUGGCCUUGAGCGGCCCCGCACUCGCCAAUCUUUUUGCCAAUUAUUAUGCACAAGGAGGCCAGGGUGGUGGAUUUGACGGUACUGAUGGUAAGGGUCAGGUUGCUCAGGGUGGAUAUGCAGGCUCCCAGGGUGGCUUGGAAGGAUAUGAAAAGGGACUUUCACAGGGUAAUAUUGCCGCUCAGAGUGGGCUAUAUCAGGGUCAUUUAUCAGCAGGACAUGCUCCAGGUCAACAGGGUGGAUAUGAAGUAGCUGAGGGAGGGUUUUCGGCAGGUCACAAUCAGCAGGCAGCACCUGCUCUGAGCCAGGGAACUUAUGCAGGAUACGCAGGAGGUCAACAGGGUGGACAGGCUCAGGUAUCGGCCGGUGCUUACAAUCCCCUUUCAGGUGGGAUCCAAAACACAUAUGACAACUAUGGCAGGGGUCAAGGAGGCUAUGAACUUUCCCUGGGAAGCCUAGGUGGUGCUCAGGGCGGUUUGGGUAACGCCAAUUUUGGAGCUUACGACGGACUUAAGGGCGGGUUUGCUGGACUUGAUGAUUUAUCCUCUUACGACUUUUCCAAGGGUUUUGAAGGUUUUGGUGGGGCUGUACAAAAUGGAAAGGGUGCUAGUGCGUUUACUCUGGACGAGGUUAAGGGAGGCUUAGGAGGAUAUGAGGGAUUUGGAAAGGGUUUAAAUGGUUUCCAACCUAUUUUGAGCAGCAAGGGACGUGGGCAGGAUUUGUACCAGAGCGGUUUAGAGGGUUACUCGAAGGACGCGAGUGCUUUCGAAUCUUUGCAGAACAGUUAUUCUGGAAGCCAGGGAGGAUUUGGGAAGGGUGAGGCCGAUACCGCUUACCACAGCGUCGUUGCACCUCCUAAGUCAAAGCCCGUUGUCAGAACCGUCAGGUACUUGGUACCCGCGACCAAGGGGCCACUCGUCCUUCGUCCCAUAAAAAUCAUUCGAUCAUAAAUUCAUAUUUCAUCAAAAAAGUCUGUAGUUUGCAAAGUUUGCAAAUUGGUCUCAUAAAAUGUAAAUCCUGUGGAUUAUAUCCAUACUUGCUGUAGAAAAAUUAGUCUCUUAAAGAAAGUCUGGGAUAAUACUUGCCAGGGCCAAGUUUAGGUUUUGGAAUUAUUUAGUUGGUAUUAUAAUUUUUUUCUAAUGUAACACCUUGUGAUACGUCAAACUUUUGUAUCCUCCUGUGUAAAAUACCUCAAUUAAUUUUACAACAUGAAAUAAAAGAAAUAUUUUAUAAAA